AUGGAGAAAAUACCUCAAACCAUACUGUUCCUUCUUCUACUGGUCUUCACUUUCGUUGCAGCUGAAAAUAGCACCGCACACAGGAGUGGUGGGGCAGACGAAUUCCAUGUAGGGGUGAUCCUUGACUUGGGUUCGUUGGUGGGGAAAAUAUCACUAGCCAGUAUUUCACUGGCUGUGGAAGAUUUCUAUUCAGUCCACCCGAACCACAGCACGAAGCUAGCCAUCCACAUCAGGGAUUCCAUGGGCAGUGAAGUCCAAGCUGUUUCAGCAGCUAUUGACUUACGAGAGAACUACAAAGUGCAAGCCCUCAUUGGCCCGCAGAAAUCAUCAGAAGCUACAUUUAUAUCAAAGCUUGCGAGUGUAAUACAAGUACCUGUUAUAUCAUUCACAGCAACAAGCCCCUCUCUCACUUAUGAUAGUUCACCAUAUUUUGUGCGUGCAACAUUGAAUGACUCAGUUCAAGUGAAUAGUAUUGCCUCUCUCGUCAAAGCAUAUGGAUGGAGAGAGGUAGUGCUGCUAUAUGAUGACACUGACUAUGGGAGAGGCAUUCUACCACACCUCAUUGAUGCACUUCAACAUAGUGAUAUUUAUGUUCCAUAUCGCAGUGGUAUUUCCUUGUCAGCUACAAGUGAAGAAAUAAAGCAAGAACUCUACAAGUUAAUGGCAAUGCAAACAAGGGUAUUUAUUGUUCAUAUGUCAUCGACAAGGGCCUCUCUUAUCUUUACAAUGGCUAAGGAUGCAGGGAUGAUGAGUAAAGGAUUUGUGUGGAUCAUUACAAAUGGAUUAGCAAACAUCAUCGAUUUACUCAAUCCAUCUGUCAUUGAGGCAAUGAAUGGUGUAAUAGGAAUAAGGUUCCAUGUUCCCAAGUCACAAAAACUUGAUACUAGUUUCUUAAUAAGAUGGAACAAAAUUUACCAGAGAUAUAACCCUAACAAAUUGCCACUUAAUAAAUCAAUAACCAUAGUUGGGCUAUGGGCCUAUGAUACAGUUUGGGCUUUAGCACAGGCGGCAGAAAAGGUUGGGUUGUCUGGCAACAGAAAUAAAAGACUACAACCCCAUAAAAACUCUACAUGCUUGGACUCAUUGGCUAUUUCCAUAAAUGGAGCAGAGCUCCUAACAGAAAUUGUACAAAACAAAUUUCAAGGUGUAAGUGGAACCUUUGACCUUACAGAAAGACAAUUGCAAGUUUCUACAUUACAAAUAAUAAAUGUCAUUGGAGGAACUUGGAGACAUAUUGGGUUUUGGACUUCAAAAAAUGGACUUUCACGACACUUAAAUCAAAAUGAAUUGGAAAUAACAGGGUCAUCAGCCUCAAUGCCUAAUCUGAAUCUAGUAUCUUGGCCUGGAGAAUCAAUUGAAAUACCAAGGGGCUGGGAAUUUCCUACAAGUGGUAAGAAGCUUAGGGUUGGUGUGACCUCAAGUGCAUAUCCAGAGUUUAUAAGCACAUCAAAGGAUCCUGUCACAAAUGCAACAAGAGUGAGUGGCCUUUCAAUAGACAUAUUUGAGAACGCACUAAAGAGGCUACCUUUUGCACUUAGCUAUGAAUACCAGGCAUUUGAUAUAGCUGGAGAUUCAACAAGUUCAAGGAGUUAUGAUGAUUUCAUUUACCAAGUUUAUCUUCAGAGGUAUGACAUAGCAGUUGCGGACAUAACAAUCAUAUACAACAGAUCAUUGUAUGUCGACUUCACAAUUCCAUACACAGAAUCUGGCGUGGGGAUGAUUGUCCCGGUCAAGGAAAAAGUGAACUCAAAUAUGUGGAUUUUCUUGAAACCACUAAGCCAAGGAAUGUGGUUCAAAAGCAUCAUAUUCAUUAUUUACACAAGAAUUGCUAUCUGCCUGUUAGAGUAUCUUAGUGGCAACAGAUAUCUACAUGAGGACAUGCUCGAAUAUUUUCUAUCUCGAGUAGUACACCGUGUAUGGAAGAUUGUUCUUUUGGUCCUUGCCUCAAGCUAUACAGCAAGCCUUGCAUCAAUACUUACUGUACAACAGCUUUCACCAACAUUGACUGACAUUCAUGAACUUCAGAAGCAAGGUGGAUAUGUAGGAUUCCACCAAGGUUCCUAUAUGGAGGGUCUAUUGGUGGAUAUUGGUUUCGAUAGAUCAAAAAUGAGACCCUAUCAUACUCCAGAUGAUUUCCAUGUUGCUCUUUCUAACGGAGUUGAAAAUGGUGGUGUUGAUGCACUUGUUCUAGAUGUUCCAUACAUCAAGUUGUUUCUUGCUAAGUACUGCAAACGGUACACAAUGGUUGGACCUAUUUACAAGAGUGCAGGGUUUGCAUUUGCACUUCCCAAGCGAUCUCCACUACUUGCUGAGCUAUCUAAGGCGAUCAUCAACAUAACAGGAGGAGAUACUAUCAUUCAAAUUGAAAAGAAAUGGAUUGACCAAAAUAGUUGUCAACAUGAUGAAGAAAUGGAUGGUUCAGGUGCUAUCACUUUUGGUGGUUUUAGGGGAUUAUUCCUCCUAACUGGAUUUGUCACAGCCUGUUCCAUUCUUGUGGCGUUUCUUAUGUGCCACUACAAAAGACAAGAAGAAAGUGGUCAUAUUCAAGAUGCGGAUAAAGGUAAUAAAGAAAAUGGAGACUGCAACGAUGAUAUAGAUAAUCGAGCAACAAUAUCAGUGUCUGGUAGUCCAAACACAAAUAGCAUAUGUCAUGACCCAAUCAUGACAUGUUGA